CCGCCGCCCCCGGGCCCUGGGAGCCGCCAGGACCGCGGCGUCCGCCCCGCGGGGACGCGUCUGCGCCUCCCGCCCCCGGUGGCCCCUCCGUGGGAGCUCCCCGCAGCCGAGGUCAGGGGAAGGCCUGGCGGCCGCCCGCGCCCCGCGGGACUACCCGGGGCUGCGCUGCCUUUGUCGGCGCCCCACGGGGGCGUUCUGGAGAGGAAGACCGGAGACCCCUGAAAGUUUGGUCAUCCCCUUUCUUCUGGUGCUUCUCCAUCAGGGAAGGUGAAAGGCAGAAGAGGACCUGCAGUCACUUGCAUUGUGAAGGACUGGUGUGGGCCACUGCAUGUUUCGAGGACAUGGAGCAGUUAAAUAACAAAUUGCACUAUGAGCACCUGUAAUUCAAGAUAAAUGGAGAUGAACGGCUGGGACAACUAAAUUAAGAUGUCUGUAGAAGGGGGAUGGGAAAUGAUGCAGAACACCAGUGGCACUAGAAGAAAAGGAAAAUAAGGACAACACCAGAAGAUCUUGCUGUCACAGAAGAUUCUUUAGUUUCCUUGGACGACUGAAGACUAUUGCAACUCUUACUGACUAAAUCAUACUGACGUGCUCUAAAGAAAGCAGAGGAGAAAAAUCUGAGAAAUUUUAGAAUUCUUUGGAAAAAGAAACAGCGUGUUGAGAUGGACCUGAAGUGGAAUCCUGACAGAGUUUCUCAUCCGGGCUCAUCUGGAGUCCAGAUGACUGAUUUGAAUUGGCGAGGCAACCAAAAUCCCAGUCCGCUGAUUAAAGAUGAUGGAGAGCUGCUUAUGGAGGAACAUCUUUCCCCCAGGAAACUGAAAGCUUUGGCAGGGGUAGAUGAUCUGCAGCAAGUGAAGGCCCUAGAGAUGCGAGUAGAUACAAGAGAGACCAGCUUGGGAAACUUUGGUGUGCAUCUCCCUAAUCUGAGAGAACUGAAGUUGAACAAUAGCUUACUUGUGUCUGUGAGGGAUCUUGGAACUUCAUUGUCUCACCUCUAUGUCCUGUGGAUGGCUUGCUGUGGGCUCUCAGAUUUAGAUGGGAUCUCUUCCUGCAGCUCUCUAAAAGAACUCUACAUAGCCUAUAACAAUAUCUCUGAGCUGAGCCAGCUGACCUGGCUAGAUCACCUCGAGGUUUUGGACCUGGAAGGGAACAAUAUUGAGGACAUCGACCAGAUGCAGUACUUGAGACUUUGUUGCAAGCUAAGCCACCUGACAGUGGAGGGCAACCUUAUUUGCCUGAAGCCAAAUGCAGAAUCUGCAGAGGAACCAGGUUAUAAUUACAGAGCAGAAGUAAAAAAACUUAUUCCCCACUUGAAGUAUUUGGACAAAAUACCAGCAAGCCAGACUGUUCCCCUUCCUUCCAAGAAGAUGUAUGAAGAUCGUCUAAUCAUCAAGGACUCCAUCAAGGAAGGUGGUUUAGCUGGAGACAUUUCGUGGUUAGAUCCGUAUCUUGGGGCAGUAGCAAGGCAGUCUGGAUGUGGCCCAAGACCCCCAACAGCUUCCAGACCUGGAAAUGCGCAGUGGUCUGCUAAUGUAGGGAGAUCUAGCGAUGCCCACCUCUUAUAUGGUAGCCGUCCUCUUCCAGAUCCUGCUGUUUCUGAUAUGCUGUUCUCAGAAGAUGACUCCAGUGAUUUGACACAUGGACUCAGUCAAGUUAUAUGUGGGAACCCCACCAAGGCCCUUCGUGAAAGGAGGCAAAAACUAGGUCCACCUGCAGUGAGCCCUUUGAAACUGAGCAGUCUGAGGACAGAAAACGUUUAUGGCUCUGGAGGAGGAAAAGAUGUGCACCAGGAAAAUGUGUCCUCUGAACUGAGAGUAUGGAGAGAGCAGCAGAAGAGGUGCCUGCAAACAGGUCAGCAAGAACAAGCCAGCCAAGCAUCAAAGGUAAUUCUUAAUCAUGAGGAAGAGGGUGAAAACUGCAGCCUGACUGACAGCUCUGAAGAUGAGUUGAGGAAGGCCUAUGAUGAGGACCUUGUUGAAAGGAUUUCACUUGAUUCUUCUUGCCACUCCAGUCUCUCCAAGUCUUCCUCAGGUUCAUCACAGACUCAGAAGGGUGCAGUGUUCUCCAACCCAAGCCCUUGUUUAAUUCCAUCCCCUCCAAAAAGCCCUUUGCCUGCAUCUUUAAUGAGUGUUGCAGCAAGAUCCUGGAAAACAAGAAACCACAGGGUAAGAUGCCUAAAAAUACCCAGCCAAGAGGAGGACAGGCAGUGUACACAGCGAUGCCAGUCAAGGGCUCAUAAAGAAAAUUCAACCCAGCCUUUGGAUGAAGAACUUGCUUUCCUGAGCCUGCACAAGAUGCUGUCUGCCUCUGGAUCCCAAGGGCAGCACCAGCCUGCUGGCUGCACCAGCCAGCAAAGGCCUAUUCCAGGACCAACAGCUGUUGGAUCAACAAGGAUCAGGCCCAUCAUGGAUGAGAGGCCUUCUGGAGAGAUCAACCACCAGUAUCCAGCUGUCUGCUCAUCCACGAAAGCCUCAGAGAGGUUUAGGCCAACACAUGCUUCUUGGCCCCUGACUGCCAGGGCUGUGCUGGAGCCACUGCCACACAGUACCACUGCCACAACAACAUCUCAGAACAGAAGUCCUCAGUCCUAGAAAAUACUCAGUUUUCAGCAUGUGUUGGAGCCAUAUACACAGACCAGUCAUGAAGGAUCAAUGCUAUCUUUCAGCUUCUUCUGCAAGCUAAACACAGAGCUGUGCAAGUAGAGCAAUUCAAACAAAUGACAUGAUUUGCCUCAAUUCAGGAUACAGAUGGUCCAGAAAUACUUUAAAGAGCAACCGCUGAUCAACCAAGGAGCUAAUGAACCUCUUAUUACAGAAAAACAUGGUUAUUUUUGCAACUUUUGUGCACUAAAACAGAACAAAUUCUAUCGUAUUUCUUCUCCACCACACCAUGCCCUGCUCUGGGAGUCAAGCAGGGACACUGAACAAAGCAGAGCGUGGAGCCUGCUGUUUGGGAGUGGGCUGGAGGUGGUGAUGAGGCAGCAGCCAUGCCACCUGCCUUUUGCAGUCAUGGAUGUUUAACAUGUGAGGGCCAAAACCGAGGUCUUGAGAAGAAGUGUUGGCUGGAGCAGGUUCUAAGGGAGGGGUACACUGCCUGAAGAAGAGCCCAGGAGGGCUGGAUGGUUUCAGAGCUUAUGCCCCCACAGGAUCUCACCCCAUUCAGAGGCAUCAUAGGUCCUUAUUAGAUGCAUUGCUAUGGGAGCAAAUGCUGAACAAGUGGCUUAUCCCAAUAUUAACAUGUUUGUUUGCUCCAUAGCCACCUGGAAGGACUUCUCUUACUUUAGACAUUGCAUUCCAAAAUUUCUUUAGCACAGUUGAUCUCUGACACUAGGUGUCGGAGCAUGCCCUGCACGUGCCUUUCACCUCCAUCCUACCUCUAGCUUUUUUAGACCAAAUAGACUUUCCAAUUUAGCAUAACUGAAUGAUUUUAAGUGAUGAUGCAGCAAAGACAAGGCAGGGAAGUAAGGGAAUAAUCUCUUGUUUUUUCAAUAGGGCAUUUGCUUUAUAUUUGGGUGAGAUUUAAAACAUUUGUUUUAGUGGGACAGCAGACUGAGUUGCUGUUCCAAAUGACUGUGCCUUACAACUUUAUUGAUGUUGCAGUCUGAAACCAAGCAUCAUUACAUUUUUUUCCAGUUUAAAUUACUAUGGUUAGAUUAUAUUUUUAAAUCAGUUUAUAAAACAGUAAUUACAUAAUGAGUUGAUGAA